AUGGACGACGUGAUUUACGAGUGCUGCACGAGCAAGGUACGUACCGGUCAUCCGGACCGCGUGCAGCGUCGCACCCAACCGGCCCCUCACCCCACCACGUCCGUCAUCAUCUCUCGCAUCACAACGACCACCCGAGCGCUCUCCUACCAUCCCAUCGACUUCACCUCGCCCACGACAACGUCCAUUUCUCGUGUGCGCUACAAAGACGGCUCGCUGCGUGCAACUGGCAUGUCUUCCGCCGACACUCAGCCCAUAUCGGCCCCGCGCUUCGCCGCCGCCCUCAAGGAUCUCUCGGUUGGCAUGCUGCACCUCAAGGUUCUCGAGAUCCGCAACUCCAUCGCCCACCUGCAGUACUCCAAUGACCAGCUCAGACCUUUUGCCAAUGGCUCCGAGACAGCCAUUCCGACCGACGGCACGGCCGCUUCACCGGCUUCACCCGACCAGGACUGCAUAGACGCCAUCGAAGAAAACGAGCAAGUCAUCGACCGCAUGGCGGAACGCAUCGCCUUGAUCCGUGCCGAGGUCGAGGACAGGGGAAUUGCCUGGACCGAAUUCCAGUCCAAGGACGAGGCAGAUUCCAAGCAGGAUGGCGCCCGCCGCCCCGACGACGCCAACGGCGAUGCCGAUCCGACCAGGGAACCCCAGCACCAACAACACUCGGCCUGGACCGACGGCACGUUUCAAACAGGCUCCAUCCGUGACGGGCAGGUUCACCUCAACAACCUCUCGGGGCAUCCGGUCGCGAGUGGUGGCAGUCUCUCCGACGAACAGCUGCGGCGGGCCGUACACGACCAAAUACAACAGCUAGCCAACGACGACGGGCAAGAUGGUGGCAUGCAUCUCUGA